CCAGGUAACAGCAGAAUUACGAACAUCCUACAGAAAAAAAAGACACAGGCUUUCCCCUCUGAUAAUAUUGCCAACAAUUUAUUCAAUGAAUCGGAGGAUAUUGAGUCCGAAUCCGAUCCUGGGUGAGUGAAGGAUGUCCCAAGCUCAAGUCUCCUACAGUUGUGGUUCUUGUGCAUACCCUUUGAACUUGUCGUCUGCGAAUCGGUUGACCUCUGAAUCUGGCAUAGGCUCUAACUAUCAAAAGUCCAUCAAGAAAGGUUUUAUUUCAUUCCUUACAGUUGAUCUUAGUCGGUUUACUCAGGUUGAUGAGGUAAACUGUUUUCCAGUCUCUUGGGGUCGUUAUCGUUCAAAGACUAAACUCUUAUGCCGUAAAUGUGGGGUUCAUAUAGGUUAUGGAUAUGGAGAGUCUUCUGUUCUUUGUGGUUUUGACUCUCCCAACUCAUCAUCUACUUCAUCUUGUAGAAAGUUCAAUAUAAAAAUACGAGCUCUACAACCUUCGGAAGAGUGCUAACAUGAAACCUACUUGUACUUCUAGUACUUAUUCUCUUACCACCAUCAUGGACUUGCCUGAUGAUUGCCUCGUCUUUAUUUUCCAAUGCCUUGAUUCUGGCUCUGACCGUGAGUCCUUUGGCUUGACUUGUCAUCGAUGUCUUCGCAUUCAAAAUCUUAGUCGUCGAUCCUUACAAUUUCAAUGUUCAUUCAAACAACUUGACAUUUCUUCAUUAUCACAUUCAAAUACCAAUGUUACCAUUAGAACCUUCCAUCUUCACCGGCUUCUUACCCGUUUUCAACAUUUACACUCAUUGUCCCUCUCUGGGUGCACAGAGCUACCUGAUUCAGGCUUGUCCCACUUGGUAAAUUAUGGUUCACAUUUGCACACCCUUAACCUGGAGUGUUGUUUAGGUAUUACUGAUCAUGGUUUGUCUAUGGUAGCUGCUGGUUGCCCCUCGUUGCAAGUUAUCAGCCUUUACCGUUGCCAAAUUACUGAUUUGGGGUUAGAAAAGUUGGCUAGUUCUUGCUCAGUUCUAAAGGAUGUGAAUCUCUUGUACUGCUAUUUUAUUUCUGAUCGUGGGCUAAGAGCUAUUUCACAAGGCUGUCAUCAACUUCAAGCGGUUAAGAUAUCACAUUGUAAGGGCAUAACUGGUGUUGGCUUUAAUGGUUGCUCGUCAACUUUAGCUUAUGUAGAAGCUGAAUCGUGUAAGCUUGAGCCAGAAGGUAUUUUGGGAAUUUUAAGUGGGGGUGGGAUUGAAUAUUUGAAUAUAUCUGGUUUAAUCUUGCAAAAUGGUAGAAAUGGUUUGGCAGCGAUUGGGAGAGGAUAUGCCUCCCGUCUUAAAAUUCUUAACCUUCGCCUUUGUAGAACUAUUGGCGAUGAGUCGAUUGUAGCAGUUGCAGAAUGUUGUCCACUACUUCAAGAAUGGAACUUGGCAUUGUGUCAUGAGGUCAAAAUAGUGGGAUGGUCUUCUAUCGGGAUGAAUUGUCACAAGUUGGAGAAGCUUCACGUCAACCGGUGUCGGAAUUUAUGUGAUCGGGGUUUAGAGGCUUUGCGAAAUGGAUGCAAACAACUAUCCGUUUUGUACAUGAACGGUUGUCCUAAGAUUACUCCAACAGCAAUAGAGUUGUUCAAAUGUUACAGGAGUGAUGUUACCAUUAAGAAUGAAGAGAAAAUGUGUAUAGGUCCCAUCUGGGAAUUGAGAUGAUAGUGGAUGAGAAAACAAUUUGACUUAUUUGAUAUGAAAUUGUCUAUUAUUUUCUGAAUAUACAACUUGCUUCGUGCAAGAAAUGUGAAUUUUUAAUUGAUAAUUUGUGAAAUUAAUUUUGUGAUGAA